AUGCAAGGAGAACCAAUAACGGUGACAUUGGGAUUGAGAACAAAAGGACUAAGAAAACCAGCGUUGAAAAUUAGAGCAGCCACAGCGAAGGGAACCAUGACAGACGGAUUAAUGACAAGAGGUCCGAAAAUAAUUGGCGUCACGACGACUGGUGUAAGAAUAAACGGACUCAUGACCUUUGGAGACAAAAAGUCCGGAUGCACCAGCACUGGCGACAUAAGAACCGGGGCACCGAUCAUCGGACUCGUAGUAAAAAUAGUUGUGGUGCUUGGUGAAAAAAUAACAGGGCUGAAAAUGAAUGGCGAAAGGGCGACGUUACCAAGAACAGUCGGUGAUCCAAUGAGCGGAGAUAAAAUAUUUGGCUCAAAAUAUUUGGAGAAAGGAUACGCUCCGCGUUCUUCUCCGGUUCCACAGGAAAAAGUCUUGGCGACAGCACCCUAA